GGAGGCUAAAAAUUGGUUUCCUUCCUUAUAACCAAGUUGCUGGUUUGUCGUACUCUCCUCGAUUUCUUAUUUCGAAACCUCAUUCACGAUGCCUCAAAAACGGAGACACGAAAAAACUCAGUAUCCAUACUCAGAAGGCCACCACUCCUUCUCCAACGACGACUAUAGCGAAGUAGACAUUUCGGCUGCAUUAACUUCCAAGAAACCGCGAAUCGAUCAGGGAACGGAGGAAGAAGACGAAGAGCUUGCUACUUUUCUACAAGAAUCUAUCGUAAAAAGGAAUGUAAAAGAUGGAACGGAAACGGUCAAAAAGGUCAAGGGGAAGAACAAAUUAGCGAAGGGUGAGAUCGGCGGAGGGAGCUUUCAGAGCAUGGGGCUACAUCCUUCUCUACUUCGUUCUCUCGUACUUCAGGGUUACCGAGUACCUACCCCGAUACAAAGGCUGUCGAUACCCGCUCUCUUAUCGAAUCCGCCCCAGGACCUUGUCGGGAUGGCACGAACAGGGUCUGGAAAAUCUCUUGCAUACAUGAUCCCAUUAGUACAACGUCUAGGAGGUCGCCACUCCACAACGUUUGGAGCACGCGCUCUAAUCCUUCUUCCGACUCGAGAACUUGCCCUCCAGAUAUUGAAAGUAGGCAAAGAAUUGACAAGAGGGUGGGAUCAUGACAAGGGUACCCAUGCCGGUGAUCAAAAAGAGAGCUCUGACACCAAAGGAAUGAAUCUACGGUGGGGUCUCAUCGUAGGAGGCGAGGGAUUGGACGAGCAGUUCGAAAUGAUCUCGAAUAACCCAGAUGUGAUAAUUGCAACCCCAGGACGUCUAUUGCAUCUGGCAGUAGAGAUGAACCUCGACUUGAAAUCUGUGCAAUACGUGGUGUUCGAUGAAGCAGAUCGGCUUUUUGAAAUGGGAUUCGAAACGGCACUUAACGAGAUCCUGGCUCGACUCCCACCCUCUCGUCAGACCCUUUUAUUCUCUGCAACACUUCCAAAAUCUCUAGUUGAAUUUGCGAAAGCCGGUCUGCAGAAUCCAAAACUCGUGCGGCUGGAUGCAGAAAGUAAAAUCAGCUCGGAUCUCAAGAUGGCAUUCUUUUCUGUCAAACAGGCAGAAAAGGAUGCUUGCCUACUCUCACUCCUGCGAGAUGUUAUCAAAGUUCCCCUCGCGGGUUCUGAUAAGAGCACUGAAGUAGACAACAGGGGGAGAGGGAAGGGCAAAGCCCGAGAUGUCAUGACUAUGCCUCAUCAGACUUUAGUUUUUGCCGCUACCAAGCAUCAUGUCGAGUACUUGAUGAACCUCUUGACGACAGCAGGUUACGCUGUAUCUCAUAUCUAUGGUACCCUUGACCAGUCCGCGAGAACCUACCAAAUGGAACAGUUUCGUCGCGGGUUCACCGGUAUCCUGGUGGUGACUGAUGUGGCCGCGCGUGGUAUAGAUAUACCCGUUCUCGAGAACGUAGUCAACUAUGAUUUCCCUCAUGGUGCUCGCGUCUUCGUACAUCGCGUUGGUCGAACUGCACGUGCAGGCAGGCAAGGCUGGGCAUGGUCCUUCGUGACUAACUCGGAGCUACCUCAUCUUCUUGACCUUCAACUCUUCCUUGGUCGCACUCUGAAGUGCAACGUCGAGGAAGGUGGCGAUAAUUCGUACACGGAGUCCCUCGUUCUCGGGCCAUUUGAACGAACAAAGAUUGAUGAAGAUGUGGAAUAUGUUCGAUCUUUAGAUGAUGUAAACCACUCCCUUCCAUCUCUACGCGACGUUAUGAAACGAGGCCACACCAUGUACGAAAGAACUAAAGGAAAGGCUAGCCCGCCGAGUUACAAAAGAGCCAAAGAGAUGAUGAAAGAUUCAAAAUGGGUACUGGCCGGUUCCGAUACAGGUGUCCAUCCCGUAUUACUGAGGGGAUCUGACGAGUCCGAACGACGCACACAAGAACUAGCACGGCAGUCCCUUUUCAAAACCAUCAAGUCCUUCAAACCUACAGAGACCGUAUUUGAGGUCGGAGCCAAAGGAAAGGCCGGAACUACCAAUGCUGCAUUGAUGAAACAACGCCGGAAAGCGCUGGACAAAUCGAUCCAGAGGUCGCUUACAUCGACUUCUACUGCCAUAUGUGAUGGCGACGUCCCGUCUCAAAAGGGCUCUCAACAAGAGAUGGAAAUGGCAAACGAGGAUGAGAUUGCGGUACGUCUCGGAUUUCGAGGUCCCACGAUUGAAAACGCAUCAUUCAUUAGGAGAUAUUCGACAACCCGAGCGGAAAGAAGCAAGGCUUUCGAGACAACGACUUCUAUAUGUCCCAUUACCAAAAAGACGCGGUGUCUGAGAAAGGCUACUCGCUUACCGAUGGCGCCUCUUUCAUUGAGCAAGCUCGAGGAGCUACUUUUGAUCUCGCAGGCGACGGGGCGGUACCGGGCCGACAACGACAUCAACUCAGCUGGGACAAGAAGAAGAAGAAAUUUAUCAAGGGCGACGGCGUCGGUGCCGACAAUGUGAAGUUGGUCAAGACAGAGAACGGCGCCAGACUUCCCGCUUCUUAUCGAAGUGGCCGGUUUGAUGAGUGGAAGUCGAAAAAUCGUGUGAGUCUGCCCAGAGUAGGAGAGGAGGAGGGUCCCUGCUCCAGAAACGUCGCAAAGGGACAGAAAUAUAGGCACAAUAAGGUCACUGCCGCGAAACCACUAGACUACCUUCGUGGUGAUUACGAGCGGAAGUUACGCCACACGAAGAAACAGGGUGACGGUACCGCAGAGGACGACAGUCCGAGCAAUCUCCAAAAAUCUCCGAAACUCGCAACCAGAACCAAAAGUCGCUUUGCAGGAAAGUCCAUUGGACACGUCAAAUCGGAGCUCAAGAAUGCGGAACAAAUCCGGAAGGGCCGGAAGAUUCAGGAGAACCGUAAACUCAAGAAUGCUAGACCUAGUCGUAAAGGCAAACGGUAGCAUUUCAGUCGUGUGUAUUCUACUUGCGUACAAAUGUUUGGAGCUAUCGAUCCGCAUACUCCCA